CUGAGAGAUCUCCUGCACACCGUUUCUGCCCCAGAAGUCGACCCCGCGCUGCGCUGCACAGGAUGUCCUUCGGAAAUAUCAUCACGCUCUCGACUGGCCAGAAGCUCCCACAGAUUGGGUUGGGCACCUGGCUCUCGAAGCACGGCGAGGUCGAGAACGCUGUUGAGAUCGCCGUCCGUCAUGGCUACAGGCACAUCGACUGUGCGAUGAUCUACUAUAACCAGGAGGAAGUUGGUGCUGCUCUCAAGCGCGUCAUCCCCUCUGUCGUGAAACGCGAGGAGCUUUUCAUUACUUCCAAGCUCUGGAACCACAACCAUGCCCCGGAGAACGUCGAGAAAGAGCUUGACGAGACUCUGAGUCAGCUCGGAUUGGACUACGUUGACCUCUACCUGAUCCACUGGCCUGUCACCUUUCCGCCGGGCAAAUUCUUCUCGCCGCACCCCGAGAAGGACGAGAUGUUGGUCGCCGAUGGACCUCCGCUGGCCGAGACGUGGAAGGCGAUGUUGAAGCUUCCAGCAACGGGCAAGGUCAAGGCAGUCGGCGUCUCGAACUGCAGCAUUAAGUGCAUCCAGGGCAUCUACGACGCGACGGGCGUCUGGCCGACGAUGAACCAAAUCGAGCGGCACCCGCUCAACCCGCAGUUCGAACUCGUCGCGUGGUGCAAGGAGCGCAACAUCCACAUCACGUCCUACAGCCCUCUCGGGAACAACAUUAUCGGCAAGAAGAAGCUCGUCGAGUAUGAUGAGGUCAAGGCAAUUGCGGACCGCCUUGGUGUGACGUCCGCGCAGGUGCUUGUCUCGUGGGGCACGUUCGACGGGUGCUCGGUCAUUCCUAAGUCUGUGCAGAAAGACCGCAUCAUCUCCAACUUCCUGCAAGUGAAGCUCACACAAGAGGACUACGACUCCGUCACCUCGAUCGGCAAGAACAAUCACGUGCGAUUCAACGUGCCCUUCCGGUACUGCACCGAGGCGGACCCCAAGUGGGACGUCAACAUCUUCGACGAGGACGACGAGAAGACUGCGUCUCACCAGAUCAGGAUCAUCUGAGAAUAAAAAUAAAAGGGAUAGUCGCAGAAUGUACUACUUUACUCAAACGUAUUGCUAUACCGGGCUGCACAUCAAAUGACUGAUUUCUCACCAG